AUGGCCCACUCACAUUUUCCCGCCACGGCCAACGAAAAGGUACCGGCACUAUUCGGAUGUCCAUGUGUAUGGAGCCAUGUGCCGCUCUACGGCGAUGCACAAGAAAAGCGCCGAUAUCACCAUGCGCUGGCUAAGCCGAAUGCCCCUGGCAUUGCACGACGUCUGCCCUCUGAGAUUAUCCUCUGCAUCGUGGAUGCACUGUUCGAUUUGUACGCCAAGGAGGUUUCUCUCGGUUAUGAAAAGUAUUGGGAGUCAUCUUGUCUACCAUAUGAGACCGACAAGAUGUGCCCCUUUUGCAUGCUCCCUCGCUUUGAUGUUUGGCGAGACGUUGCAAACCUGGCAGCUUCGUGCCGCGCACUUUACGAACUUAUCACGCCUGUGCUCUAUCGGAGGGAUGCGGAGCAGAAUCAUUCUUCAGCUCUCCUAAUCUCAGCGAAAAGGGGCAACCUCCGGGCCCUGAAACUUGCGUUGGAAAACGGCGCAAAUGCAGAUGCAGAUGAUCACACAAUGCCGCUACAAUGGACCAACGAAUGUUUUCGGUAUUGUGAGCAUUGUGAGUAUCAGGUUUGGUGGAGGGAGCCACGAAGACUCGACAUGAGUGCACUGCACUGGGCGGCAUUGUGCGGAAGAAAAGAUGUCCUUGAGAUUUUAUUGAACCACAAAGCCGGCGUGGGCCCCAACAAGAGGGCAGUAGUGCAGCCGGGACUGGAUGCAGGUAACUAUGGCUCGCUGCCAUAUGUGGAGGACUAUUGCGACGAAUAUAACGCCAGCUUUCCCUGCCUGGCGCUGCAGACGACGAUGGGCUACAACCCUGUGAGCUCCCACGGAGCCAACGCCUUAUACUUCCUACUAGGGACAGGUCGAAUGCGAGCGCACGGAAAGACGGUGGACAUGGCAAGGCUUCUUGUAGAUGCAGGCUCCUCGUUGAUGACACACGAAGCUGCGGAGCUUCACGCUCUCCAUCAAGCAGCUGCAUACGAUAACGCAGAGCUGGUGGAAUUCCUUCUUUGCGAAAAGAAAGUCGACCCCAAUAUCACGGAUGCUGCCGGAAAUACGCCGUUACACCAUCAUACAUUAUCGCUCCUUCUGAAGUACGGUGCGGAUCCCAACUUGCGGAACGUUGAUGGGUUAUCGCCGUUAGACAUUUGCCUCGUCACGACGUUGCUGGGCGCUGACAGAAUGAAACUCUCCGUGUUACUUGCUCGGAGCGGAGGGACGCUACGAGAUCGAGACUUGGGCCUUCACAGGUCAAGGCUGACUGAUGAGCAACGAGAAGAACUGAACACUGCGUUCGAACAAGCUAGACAUUCCGGUAGAACUGAGUGGACCGGAAGCAUUUGA